UGGGGUCGCUGCUGAGAGGAGCUAGGGGUCCAAAAUGCUGGCUAACAGCAGGCUAGCAGAGUUAGCUUCCUUGGUUGACCUGAUAGACUGUGGUUGACAUAGGCUAAGUGAGCUGGAAGUAAAAACCGCUAAACCGUCUAUUUCAGAUUUGGAUCCAAACCAAACAGAGGAUGUCGAGUGAGGACGUGGAGCGGCUGUUGAUCCAGUUUCAGGACGAGGAGGGGGAAGUUCUGGGUUCACCUUUUGAUGUGCCCCUCGACAUCACCCCGGACAAACUGCAACUGGUCUGCAAUGCGCUGCUGCAGAAGGAAGAGCCAGUGCCACUGGCAUUUUUUGUGCGUGGAGAGGCUGAGGUGGUGUCUAGUCUGGGGUCUUGUGUGAAGGCUCUUGGGGUCGAGACAGAGCAAGUUCUGCCAGUGGUGUACCAGCCUCAGGCCGUGUUCAGGGUUCGAGCUGUGGCCCGCUGUACCAGCACACUGCAGGGACACACAGAGGCUGUCAUCUCAACUGCUUUCAGCCCCACCGGCAAAUAUCUGGCCAGCGGUUCAGGUGAUACCACAGUGCGGUUUUGGGACUUGACGACUGAGACGCCUCACCACACUGCCAGAGGACACACACAUUGGGUACUGAGCAUCGCCUGGUCACCUGAUGGCAAGAAGCUGGCUUCAGGGUGCAAGAACAGUCAGAUCUGUCUGUGGGAUCCUGUGACAGGGGCACAGAUGGGGAAGACUUUGACAGGACACACCAAGUGGAUCACAUGGCUCUGCUGGGAACCUCUCCAUCUUAACCCAGAGUGUCGGUAUUUAGCCAGUAGCUCAAAGGACGGCUCAAUAAGGGUCUGGGACACUGUGUUGGGGCGAUGUGAGAAGAUCCUGACUGGACACACUCAGUCAGUCACCUGUGUGAAGUGGGGAGGAGAUGGACUUCUAUACACUUCUUCCCAGGACAGAACGGUCAAAGUCUGGAGAGCCAAAGAUGGUGUCCAGUGCAGGACUCUGCAGGGUCACGCCCACUGGGUGAACACCUUGGCUCUCAGCACAGACUACGUUCUGCGCACUGGAGCUUUUGAACCCGCAACUGCCACUAUCAACCCCCAGGACCUCAGUGGAUCAUUGGAGGAACUGAAGAAUCAAGCUCUGCAGAGAUAUAAUAAAGUUAGGGGUUCAGCUCCAGAGCGCUUGGUGUCUGGCUCAGAUGAUUUCACCUUGUUCCUGUGGAACCCUGCAGAAGACAAGAAGCCUCUGGCCAGGAUGACUGGCCACAGCGCUCUGGUCAACGAGGUGCUUUUCUCCCCAGACACCAGGCUCCUCGCCUCUGCCUCAUUCGAUAAGUCCAUUAAAAUCUGGGAUGGACGCACUGGAAAGUACUUAAUGUCCCUGCGUGGCCAUGUGGCGUCCGUGUAUCAAGUGGCGUGGUCUGCAGACAGCAGGCUGCUGGUCAGUGGCAGCAGCGACAGCACACUUAAAGUCUGGGACAUCAAGACCGGGAAGCUUAACAUGGACCUACCUGGCCACGCUGAUGAGGUUUAUGCGGUAGACUGGAGUCCCGAUGGACAAAGAGUAGCCAGUGGCGGGAAAGACAAGUGUCUCAGAAUAUGGAGAAGAUAGCCACAACUGUCUCCCACUCUCCUAACUUCGACAGAUAAUUUCACAUCUUCUGCUGCCAAGAAGCCUGACAGCUGGAGCGAGGGAGGCUCCAUUUGGCUUAAUUACAGUCAACAAUGGUGUCGUGUCAAGGAAGUCUUGGUCCUGUAAUGAUGCAAAUGCCCUCUUAAGGUUGGAAACACGUGGGAAUAUUAACAAUGUAACACUGUAAAAGUGUUUAGCUGAGUUCAUGCACAUAUUGUUUUGUACACAUUGGGGCCCCGACGUGUAAAGAACAUAUAAAUUCAAAGCCUUGUUAUAGUUCCACGCCCACAUUCAGAAACCACAAACAAGGUUAUUUAUUUAAAAAUGAAUACAUAACCUACUGCUUUAAAUUCUGAUUACCGAAUAUAUUCUGAAGAAAUAAAAUGAGAUGCACAGGAUUUAUGCAGCACAUAAGGAAAACUGAUGCAUUUCUCAGCAGGAGUGUCCCCUUCCUUACCUUAAGCCUUACAAGAUGAACUAUAAACUGUAGGUGACAGGUGGACCGGCGAGGCAACAGGUGGGAGCGCUAAUACCUUCCUCUGUGAUGUUAAUGCCGACUGCGCUCGCCCUGCUCCUUCAGCCUUUAAUCUUCUCUGUCCUGCAAAUCAGUAAAGCUUCGACCUGCUGAUUUUUCUUUUCGCUGCUGCAGGGAAGCAAAGUGUCACCAGAACUCUCAGAUCCCACUGUGGAAAUAACCAGGUUCAUCAUUUAAAAUAACCGUUUUUUAUUUUCUGUAUAUAACUGGCUUUGUGAAUAUUUAAUAUGAAUAAAUAUUUACAGCACAAUUUUUAUCUUGUCAAGCCAAACCAGAUAAACUGUAUUUUACAUGACGUGCCUGAUAUCAAUUUAUACUCUUCCAUUUAGUUUAAUAAUAGAUUCUAUUAUCUAUUGUCACUGUACAGAUAAAUGUUUUUGUACUGGUUGUAAUACUUCAGAAAUGCUGCCGGUAAAUCUUUAUUUGCAUCCAGUACAGAUACAUAAAAUUUUGACUUUUAAACUGUCCACUGAUGUCAUGUUACUAGACAUUUGCUAGAGCUAAAAUUUACUUGGCGGGAACUUUGAAGUCAGUGUGAGGGAUAAGAUAAAGGCCUGCCUCUGCCGUCCCCCUUACAGCUGACAUUAGGUGCCUCUUCAGUGAGCCAUCAUGGUUGUAAGUAAUAAGAAUAUUUCCUGUUGAUUACAAGAAGAGGGAAGAAAUAAACGUUGUCCCUUCUCUAAAGUCA